AUGUCGGAAAUUGUGGGCUUGUCAAUGAACAUUAAGGGCCGACAUCGAGCAUGUCAGUAUCCAAAUUGUAUUCGCAGAUAUGGAGUAAUCAUUGCGAAAAAACGUGCUGGAAUGGUUGAAGUCACCAAAAAAAAUGUAAAGGCUGACAUGGUCAUCAGAGGAAAAGCGUACUUCCCGAAAGCGGACUACAGACCGUUAGAAGUGAAACUGCCUCAAAUUUUGGGGCACCGUUUCGAGAGAAGAAAGAAGGAGGUACUUCCCGAAAGCGGACUACAGACCGUUAGAAGUGAAACUGCCUCAAAUUUUGGGGCACCGUUUCGAGAGAAGAAAGAAGGAGCAGGGUACCACUACUGUGGACCUGUUAAGAUCGCUCGUCUUCCUCCGUUCACAAUAUACGGAUGCAACGGCAUUGUCAAUACAAAAGGAAAGGCGAAAGAUUCCAAAUGGAGCGAUGAGUGGGCGAAGAAGGCACUGGAAUGGCUGAAGUCACCCGAAAGUGUAAAGGCUGACUUGGUUAUCAAAGGAAAAGAUGUCCACGUUGGGGACAAGGUCGACGCAGAAGUAUCCCUACAGCAAGAAGACAAAAUAACAACUUCGACAGUAGUGCUACCUCCAGGACGCACGACUCAGAGCUGUCUACUACAAAGUCACUCCGUAGGACAACUACAAUGUUCAACGCGGCAUGCAGCAGAGCAAGUCAAUUCCGUUUUCUCGCGCAAUAUAUGUACAUGCACGACGGCUCUACAUAGCACUUGCAGUAAUGGAAACGUACGAGAUCGUAUGGACUCCCAACCCUUCCACAGGCUUCGAAAAACUUCACAGUUUUCGGAUCCAACAACAACAUCUACGCAAGAACAAACGCCGGAUCUGCAAUACAACUCCACAUAUUCGCCGGCCGAAAAUCUCCGCAUAACGACACUAAAGCACAUCAGCUGUUGUCAUGUAGAAACAACCCCCUUAUCUGGCUGCUAUAGCUGCUUUACCGGAGCCUCAACAACUAUGUCCUGCACAAGCGACAACCACGAAGUACUGGCACAAGUCAAAUGCGGUCAACAUUCUCAUGCAAUCAGAUGUACUGAAUAUGGCUUCCUCAACACUGUUUUCUUCAUGUUCGACACUCCAACCAUAGCAGCCGACUGCAUCGCUGCUUGUCCGAGAGGGACCAUGAACUUCACGAUAGAAGGAUCUCUCGUCUUUGUCAAUGAAAAGGCAUUCUCUUCAGACACCAAUGCAACACAAGUCGAAUGGCAAGUGCAAAACGAUCUGUUGUAUGUGAAUGACAUUUUCGACAAUUUCAAGAAUAAUCUCAUAGCAUUUGUGUAUGGUAUAGCAUCAUUCUUCGAUUUAUGGAGCUAUUUUUUUCUCCUCAUCAUCGCACUAGUACUAUUGAACCUCCUUUUCAGAAUCGGUUCCAAAAAGUCUUACGAUAAAGUCCAUUAA